AUUCUUCAGGCAGGUCUUUUUUCGGCCGUCAGUACCACUUUCUUAGGGAUAAUGCACCCUAACCUAAGCCCCGCUCCCACUGACACAACAAAUGCCUUAUUGAUGAUGAUAUACUCUCAACUCAAUAACACCACGUUCCCGGGGCAAGUCUUCAGUCUUCCCUCAUGGGAUGGUCCUGUUUGGGUUACUAUUUGGACGCAGGCUCUCCUGUAUGCCAGUCUAUCUGUCAGCCUUCUGGCUGCUCUUGGAGCUGUAUUGGGGAAGCAGUGGCUGAGGGACUACUGA